AUGGCGACCUUUACCAAAUUGGAUGACCGGGAGACCCCUGUGAUCUCAAUUCACCCUGAGAGAAAGAUCUCCAAGAUCAACCCCAAUAUCUACUCUGGCUUCACUGAGCACAUGGGACGCUGCAUCUAUGGCGGCAUUUAUGAUCCUGGCAACCCAUUGUCCGAUGAGAAUGGCUUCCGCACGGAUGUUUUGGAGGCGUUGAAGGGGCUCAACAUCCCCGUCGUUCGGUAUCCCGGCGGUAACUUCUGCGCAACUUACCACUGGCUCGAUGGUGUUGGCCCCAAAGACCAGAGACCAGCAAGACCUGAGCUUGCUUGGCUUGGAACUGAGACCAACCAAUUUGGAACCGAUGAGUUCAUGAAGUGGUGUGAGGUGGUGGGCACUGAGCCCUACCUUUGCUUCAACUUUGGCACUGGUACCUUAGAUGAAGAUCUCUUAGCUCUGGGCUGGGUUGAGUACUGCAAUGGAACUGGCAACACAUAUUAUGCCAACCUGCGCCGAAAGAAUGGUCGCGAAGAGCCCUACAACGUCAAGUACUGGGCUCUCGGUAACGAAUGCUGGGGUCCUUGGCAAGUCGAGCAAAUGACCCAGGAAGCAUAUGCACACAAGGCCAUCCAAUGGGCCAAAGCCCUCAAGCUACUUGAUCCCAGCCUCAUCUUGAUCCUUUGUGGCAAAGAGGGCGCUACCUCCUGGGACUACUACACACUCAAGCACUGCCUCGUGCCAGCCCACUCAGCUCUGUCAACUAGCUCCGUCCCUUUGAUCGACAUGCACAGCAUCCACCUCUAUACAUCUUCAUCCUCGCACCUCCCCAACGUCACCGCACCCCUUGCCGCAGAGCGCGCAAUUGAGAUAACCUCCUCGCUCAUCGACCUCGCUCGAGUGGAGAACCAACAACUGCGCCCGACAAUCUGCUUCGAUGAGUGGAAUGUCUGGGAUCCCAUCCGUGCAGAGGGAAGCCUCGGUGCCGAAGAGAGCUACACCCUAUCUGAUGCACUGGCUGUCGCUGUCUGGCUGAAUGUCUUCGUGCGCAAGAGUAAGGACGUCGGCAUGGCGUGCCUUGCACAGACUGUGAACGUCAUCUCGCCACUCAUGACUACGAAAGAGGGAAUCACAAAGCAGACGACCUGGUGGCCUCUUUGGCUAUUCUCGCGAUUCAUGCGUGGAUGGACUAUUGGUAGCCAUGUCUCGUCUGGGACUUAUGAAGGCGAGACUACUCCGAAGUGGAUUCGCGGUGCUGUGCAGACGCCUUGGUUGGACGUGAGUGCUUCGCUUGGCGAGGAUGGAUUCGUGAAUGUCGCGGUGGUCAAUAUCCACGAGGAGAAGGACUUGGAAAGUCGGGUUGAGGGGGCGAAGGGAGAGGUGGAGGUUUUCACUGUUACCGGUGCGGAAGUCUCAGUGACAAAUAUGAAGGGAAAACAAGAGGUCGCUAUUCAGGAAUCGACCUGGAAUGGAAGUGGAAGCUAUGUCUUCCCCAAGCACUCGCUUACGCUUCUGAGAUGGAAGGCUUAG